CAAAGACCAAGGCUGGUGCCACCCCCAGAAGGCCAGAGAAGUUACUGUGGUUUUGAACCAUGCCUCCCUCAAGGCCGAGUUAAACUUUGACCGAGGAAAUGAUUACUAAACCCUAUUCCCUUUUCCUGGAGGUUUGGAGCAGCUGUGUCUCUGGGGAGAUGUUGGUGGCCUCCGGAUCACUCCACAAGUCUCAGUUGGAUUUGUCCCGAGUGACAGCCAGUGAACAGAUGCCUGGAAAGCCCCAAGUCAGCAAAGCCGGCGGUCUCUGACAUGCUACCAGCCACCCAGCGGGAGCAACUGCUGUGGGCACCCUGUGGGGCAAGCCAGUCCUUGCAUCAACUCCUUUGCCCGGGGCCAGCCUCUGUGAAGUGGGCACCACCUCUGGGCCCCUUGGCCAGGCUCCAUGGCAUUUUCUGAACUCUUAGACAUAGUGGGUGGCCUGGGCAGGUUCCAGGCUCUCCAGACGGUGGCUCUGGUGGCCCCCAUUCUGUGGGUCACUUCUCACAGCAUGAUAGAGAACUUCUCAGCCACCGUGCCCAGCCACCGCUGCUGGGUGUCCCUCCUGGACAACAACACAGCCCAGGUCAGCGUCCCCAAGGUCCUGGACCCUGGGACUCUUCUGACCAUCUCCAUCCCACCUGGCCCCAACAACGAGCCCCACAGGUGUCGUCGCUUCCGCCAACCCCAGUGGCAGCUCCUGAACACCAACACCACGGCCACCAACUGGAGCGAGGCAGCCACGGAGCCAUGCCUGGACGGCUGGGUCUAUGACCACAGCACCUUCACCUCCACCAUCGUGACCAAGUGGGACCUAGUGUGUGACUCUCAGGCUCUGAAGCCCAUGGCCCAAUUCAUCUACCUGGCUGGGAUGCUGGUGGGAGCUGCUGUGUAUGGCCCUGCCUCAGACAGGUUUGGGCGCAAGCUGGUGCUGACCUGGAGCUACCUUCAGAUGGCUGUGUUGAGCACUGCGACAGCCUUCGCCCCCACCUUUCCCGUGUACUGCCUGUUACGGUUCCUGCUGGCCUGUGCCCUCGUGGGUGUCAUGAUGAACACGGCCACUCUCUGUAGGUCCCUGACCUGCUGCCAUGUGGAGGUGGGGGGCCUCUAUGCCGGUUCCAGAGCUAACCCAUUCAGUCUUCUUGCAGUGAUAGAGUGGACGUCAGCGCAGGCCCGAGUCUUGGUGAUGACCUUGAAUGCUCUGGGCUUCAGCUUUGGCCAGGUCCUGGUAACUGCAGUGGCCUACGGUGUGCGAGACUGGAACCUGCUGCAGCUGUUAAUCUCAGCCCCCUCAUUCCUCUGCUUUGUGUAUUCAUGGUGGCUGCCAGAGUCAGCACGAUGGCUCCUCACCACUGGCAGGCUUGAGCGUGGCCUGCAUGAGCUACAGAGGGUGGCUGCCAUCAAUGGAAAGAGGACAGCAGGGGACACCCUGACCAUUGACGUCUUGCUGUCAGCCAUGCAGGAGGACCUGAGCAUGAACCAGGCUCCUUCCAGUCUGGGCAGCCUGCUGCACACACCAGAAUUGCGCCUGCGGACCUGCCUCUCCACACUGUGCUGGUUCGCCUUUGGCUUCACCUUCUAUGGCCUAGUCAUGGACAUGCAGGGCCUGGGCAGCAACAUCUUCCUGCUCCAGGGGCUCGUGGGGGUGGUGGAUAUCCCAGCCAAGAUCGGUUCCCUGCUGCUGUUGGGCUGCCUGGGACGCCGCCCCUUGCAGGCUCUGUCCCUGAUGCUGUCAGGGCUCUGCAUCCUGGGCAACGUGCUGGUGCCCCAUGAGCUGGGGGCUUUACGUUCAGCCCUGGCAAUUCUGGGGCUGGGCUGCAUGGGGACUGCCUUUACUUGUAUCACCAUCUACUGUGGCGAGCUCUUCCCUACAGUGCUCAGGAUGAGGGCAGUGGGCCUGGGCCAGAUGGCAGCCCGUGGGGGAAGCUGCCUGGGGCCUCUGGUCCGGCUGCUGGGGACACACAGGCCCGCACUGCCCCUGCUGAUAUAUGGGACAGUACCAGUGCUGAUUGGCCUGGCCGCACUGCUGUUGCCUGAGACCCGGAACCUGCCGCUCCCUGACACCAUCGAAGACCUGCAGAACCAGGCAGUAAAGAAGGCCACGCAAAGUUCACAGGGGCACACUGUCCUGCACUCUACACGGCUCUAGCUUCCUGGAAGCCCACUAUGGCUUGGAGGAGAGGAGGAAGAGGUGUAGGAAGAAGAAGAAGAGACUUCUAUCCUCUGGAGAGGGCAGAGGGAGAACAAAAGCCUCGUUUCCAGGGGCUGUCCUCUGGGGCCCUCACUCUCCCAACCAGCUAUCCCCUCCAGCCGAGCCCUGCCCCUCCCAUUGUAUGAGGAGCCAUCUUCAACACCCAAGGGGCAGAGAGCAGUUUGGUUGACAGGAUGUACCCAUCACUCCAACCCUCUCUGGUAGCUGGGAAAGGGACAGAGGCCAAAACCAAGAGAAGGGCUGGCCCUGUUCACAACAUGCUUCUCACUGCCCACUGUCCACCCAUCCACCUGCAUGAAGCUGGGAGCUGACCAUCACCCGUGGCCAAGACCUCCCUUGACUCCACAACAGCAGUGGUCUCAGCUCCUCAGGUUCACAUGGAGGCCUUUGGCAGCCCAUCUUGGCUGCUCUGGCCCCUCCCCACUCCUGUGCACACCCCAGCCAUACGCCCGCUAUGCCCUUAACAUAGUCCUCACACCCAACAAACUCCACUCAGCCUCCGAUACCCAGGACAGUGACCCACCUUCAGGGGUCCAGGGCCAGGCUGGAGGUAAUGAUGAAACUCUCACUCACAGUCACUGCUGCACCAUGAUCACCCUGCCAGCCUGCAAGUUCCCAGAGGGGUGAAGUGGUCCCAAUAUCCUAUGUCCCUGCUCCCACCUAGGACAAGGCUGGAGGUGCACUGGUGUGAGGAUGGAAUAAAGAGCGAAUAAAGGAACCCCCCAAGA